UUUCGCGGAAGAGGCAGCGGGGCCGCUUCGGCGAAGCCGCGGCAGGCGGACGGCGCGUCCCGGGCGUCGGGCGGCGAUGGGCUCGUGGCGGAGCGCGGCAGCGACGGCGGCGGGGCUGCUCUGCCUCCUGUGGCACCUUGCAUCCUCAAAGAAUGUCCAGCCAAGGUGCCACACCGAUUUUGCCACUGAACUGGUUUGUCAUUGGGAGGUGGAUGCCGUCACCAACUGCAGUGCGGAGUUUAACGUACUCUACCAGUCAGCUCUUGCAAAGAAGCCACAGGAGUGCCCUCUGCAGAAGAAGCAGGGCCCAGGCACUGCCCCCAGGUGUGUCUGCGUGAUUCCAGAGGACAAAUUCAAAGGACUCAAGUAUAACAUAUCGCUGGCCAGGACAGAGAACGGUGCCAAGGUCUGGAGCAACCGGACCUGGGAUAUGGACUUAAUUGUGAAGCCCAGGCCCCUGGUCCACCUGAGGAUCGAGAAGAGCAAGAAGGACCGCACUUUCAUCCUUACUUGGAAGAGGGACUACGCUGUGUCAAACUCACUUUAUACACCUGCAGCGAAGUACGAGGUUGCCUAUUGGCCCCAGAACCACACAGAAAAGAAAAUAAUUGUUCCAGAGGACUCAUCCCAUCACACGAUCUUUGCAGACAAGCUCCAGUCAGACUCCACCUACGAAGCGAGGGUGCGCUAUGGCUUGAAACUCUGGGGAGAAACCUGGAGUGAGUGGAGUGCGACUACUCAGUGGCUCAAUGAUUUUGAGCCCAGCUCGGAAAAGAAAUCCUGGAUGCACAUUGUUUGGUUGUGCGUGAUCGUCAUUGGUCUCAUUCUCUUUGGCUACCUCUGUUGCCUAUGGGUGAAGAGGAAAUGGUGGGAUGGGAUCCCAAGUCCCCGCAAGAGCAAACUGGCCGAGGAUAUCACAGCGGGGAAAUGGCUUUGGGUUUUCGGCAAGAUGGACCCGGCUCCCUGCAGACGGCCGUUUCCGAGCAAAGGGGCUGCCGGUCUCCCUCCCCAGCCUCCGUGUGUGACCCGGGAGCCCUUUCUGGUCCCCGAAGAAGUCUUCCUGAGCCAAGGCUCCCUAACCGCAGGCAGCAGUGCCGGAGAGGUCAAAGCAGGAAGCCCGGAAGAGGCAGAGGAAGAGACGGAGCCCGUGGAGAUGCGGAUGGAGCACGAAGACGCUGUGGCCGGCCUCUUCAGGGACCUUGUGGGUGGUGUCCUGAGCACAGGGGAUCCGGGGGGCCUGGCAACCUCCACCCACAGUGGCUUUACUCCAGAGGAGCCCAUCUGCCUGCAGGGCCUCCCCCAGCCGGCUUAUCAAGGCUGCCGAGUGGAGGCCGAGGGCUGUGGGCUGGAGCUGCCUUCAUCGGGGCCAGGCCUGUACGCUCCUGAAGGACAAGCCGACUGGCUGCCUGGGCUGGAGAGCUCGCCGACCGAUCCCUCCUGCACUGCCCUCCCUGCCGCCCGCUUGGCUCUGGGCUACAAGUCCCUCAGCAGCCUGGAGGCUCAGCCGGCGAGCGGCUUCUGCCCGGCCUGGAGUCAGUGGCCUGGCCUGGCCCAGGAAGGCCAAAGCCAGCAGGCCUGGGGCGCGUCUGGGGCGGGUCUUCUGCCGCUGCCGGACACUUCUGGAGGCUUCCCAAUUGGUCAAGACGCCUUCUCCCUUUACGGAGCCGCUGCCCCAGAAACGUGGCUUUUCCCUCCCCAGCCAGGAGGGGCCUUGGGAGCUUCUGCCCUGCAGGCCUCUGGGGGGCCUGAGAGCUUGCCCGGGCCGAAGGCCACUUUCUUCUCUGGCUACCGGGCCUUCAGCUGUGCCCUCCAGAGCAGCCUCGCCUCCCCGGAGUUCUCCGUGGAGCCCGUCUAGAAGCCUCUCCUCCGGGCAUCGAAGAGAGGCUUCUCGGGGGCAGGGAACCCAUUGAGCACAAAGGGGGGGUUGUGCUCAAACUCGGAGAGGAAUAGACGUUGCACCUUUUCAGGUAAAAGCAGGUGAAGCCCAGUGCUGGAAAUCCCAUUUCUCCACUUCACAAUUUGCAGCUCUCCGGACAGUCAGCAGGGAACAUGGGUGGUGGGUCAAGCAGCCUUUGCAGGCUGUAGCUGCCCCGGCUUGUGCCCCUUUCCAGUUUCAGGUCUUCCUAGAACCGUGGCUACAGAAGGGGGCCCGGCGGACACCCCGGGCACCUUGCCUCCCCCCGGCCUCCCCAUCCCCCCUCUGGCUCUGCAUCCCCAAGCCUCAGCUGGGCGUCGAACCUCCAAGGCCUCCAUCCCUCCAGCUGGCCUUCCUUACUCUUCCUGCAGCUGGGGAGCCCCAGGUUGCAGCUCGGAAGGAAGGGCGAGUGGGGGCCAGGGUCCUCCUGAAGGGAGGGAGAAAGAGCUCUGGAGCCUUUCAGAGCUGCUAUGCUUGGGGUGAGGAGCGCAGUGCAGGUCAGAGCUUCAUCCUAAAGGAGAGGAGACAGGCUGUCCAGGGGCCAGAGAAGCCACACCAACACAAACACACACAGGUGCUGCAGAGCCAGGAGGCCUUUACAAGUCUUCCAGACUUAGCUAUGCAUGCCCACGCACACACUCCCAUUACAACCCCAGUCCUGCCUGCACUAGUUCCCAGUUUGCCUCCAGGUCCAAUUCAAGGUGUUGGCUUUUGUCCUUAAAGCCCUUUAUGGGACCAGGUGAUGAAAGGAACCACCUCGUCCCAAUGGGAUUAGCCUGCUCCACUCACUCCGACAGACCCCAUUGGUGAAGGAGCUUCAGCCGGGGGGGGGGUCUAGGAGAAGGGCCUUUUCUGCCAUGCCCCCUCCCCCACGGACCAUGGGACCUCUCGAGGUGGGAUCCAUCCCCGUCCGCCUGUCCUCCCCGGCUCUGCUGCUUAACUUGAGGCCCCAGUGGGGAGGGGAGAAGGCCCCACUCCCCUCUUCUUGGUUGCCAGCCUUUUCCUCUUUCUCAUUUAGGCCUUUGUAGGAUUGUAUUUCAUUGCGAGCGGCCCAGAGUCUCUGGAUAGGAGAUGGGUGGCAUAAUUUUAAUAAAUAACUAAAUAAACAAACCCUUUUAUAACCCUGACAUUGUACAAGUUGGGCCUGUGUACCUUUUUCUGACUUCACCCGUGGUUGAAAUGCGUGGCUCGUGCGCCCCCCCCCCCCCAUGCACAAGUUGGCCCGCCUCUUUGGGAAUCCCCAAUGUAUUGGGCGGGUGGGGGGGAGUCAUGAGAAAGGCUGAUGUGGCCCCUGCCGGACAGCUCUAGUAGGCGAAGCUGUUUUGCCGCCUGAGCUGCUUGAGGAACAGGAACACUUGGUGGGCCAACAUAUCUCAAAAGUACCUUUAUUAGAACAGCACCUGGCACACCUGUGGAAUCCCGAAUCUAAAAGUUUUCAGGCUUUCCACAAUUUCCCAAACUACAAACCCAUCUCCCCUUGGUUGUCAUCACAUGGCCCAAUCACGAUCCGU